AUGCGCCGGCUUGCGGCGGCACGCACCCCGCCCGCAGCGGCAGCAGCAGCAGCGGCGGCGGCGGCGGCGGCGGUGGCGCCAGCGCGCGGCCUCUUGUCGGCGGCGCGGCCGUCCAAGCCCGCCGAGAGGGUGGCCUCGACGCCGAUCCGGAUCCUGCGCACCGUGGACGACGUGCGUAAAUGGCGCAGGCCGCUCCUGAUCAACCACCGCAGCGUGGGGCUCGUGCCCACCAUGGGCGCGCUGCACGACGGCCACCUGGCCCUCGUGCGGGCGGCCGCCCGGGAGAACCACCACGUCGUGGUGAGCAUCUACGUCAACCCGGCGCAGUUCGGCGUCGCCGAGGACCUGGCCUCGUACCCCGUCAGCUGGGACGCCGACCUGGCCGCCCUGGCCGCCCUGGACGGCGAGCUGGCCGACGACGGCGCCAACCUGGGCCGCGUGGCGGCCGUCUUCGCGCCCUCCACCGCCGACAUGUACCCGUCCGGUUUUCCCGGCCAGGCCGUCGACAGCAAGGGCUGCUUCGUCACCGUCACCCCCGUGGGCGAGGUGCUCGAGGGCGCCAGCCGGCCCACCUUCUUCCGCGGCGUCGCCACCGUCUGCACCAAGCUGUUCAACGUGGUGCAGCCAGAGCGCGUCUACUUUGGCCAAAAGGACGUGCAGCAGACGGUCGUGGUGCGCCGCAUGGUCGCGGACCUGCUGGUGCCGACCGAGGUGGUCGUGUGUUCCACGCGCCGCGAGCCCGACGGGCUGGCCAUGGCCUCGCGCAACGUCUACCUGGGCGCCCGGCGCCGCCGCGUCGCCGGCGUCCUCAGCGCGGCGCUGCGGGCCGCCGAGCGGGCCUACCGCGGCGGCGAGACGCGCCGCGCGGGCAUCCUCGGCGCCGCGCACGGCGUGUGCGACGCCACCCUGCGCGCGCAGCUGGCCACGGCGGCCUCGGAGCGCGCCCUCUUCGAAAUCGACUACAUCUCCCUGGCGGACCCGGACACGCUGCACGAGGUGCAGGCCGUCGACGCGGACAAGGGCGCCGUCGUGAGCGGCGCCGUCAGGAUGCUGCCCGUCGAGGAGGCCCAGCCGGGCGAGGACCUGGGCCACUCUGGCGGCCCUGCCGUUCGCCUGAUUGACAACAUCAUCCUGCCGCCAAAGCCGCCGCAUUCACAAGCGGAGCGGACAUGA